AUGUCUUCAUUCAAAUUAGCUACUGACUUACCAGCAUGGAAAGAAUUAGAAUCAUUAUAUAAAUCAGAAGGUGAAAAAUUUAAUGUUAAAGAAGCAUUUGCAAAAGAUCCAAAAAGAUUUCAAGAAUUUUCAAGAAUCUUUACUAAUUUUGAUGAUUCAAAAAUUUUAUUUGAUUAUUCAAAAAAUUUAAUUAAUGAAGAUAUUUUUAAAACUUUAAUUAAAUUAGCUAAAGAAUCUAACUUGGAACAAUUAAGAGAUGAUAUGUUUGCCGGUAAACAUAUCAACACUACUGAAGAUAGAGCUGUUUAUCAUGUUGCUUUAAGAAAUAUUCACAAGAGAAAAAUGCCAGUUGAUGGUAAAGAUACUACCCAAGAAGUUUCAACAGUUUUAGAACAUAUGAAAGAAUUUUCAAAUCAAGUUAGAAGUGGUGAAUGGAAAGGUUAUACUGGUAAAGCUAUAACUGAUGUUGUUAACAUUGGUAUUGGUGGUUCAGAUUUAGGACCAGUUAUGGUUACUGAAGCUUUGAAAGCUUAUUCCAAACCUGGUUUAAAUGUUCAUUUUGUUUCAAAUGUCGAUGGUACAAAUAUUGUUGAAGAAUUAAAAGGCUUAGAACCAGAAACUACUUUAUUUUUAAUUGCUUCUAAAACUUUCACAACUGCUGAAACUAUUGCAAACGCUAAUUCCGCUAAGAAUUGGUUUUUAGAAGUUGCAAAAGAUACAAAAUAUAUUGCAAAACAUUUUGCUGCUUUAUCUACAAAUGAAAAAGAAGUUGCCAAAUUUGGAAUUGAUCCAAGAAAUAUGUUUGAAUUUGAAUCAUGGGUAGGUGGUCGUUAUUCAGUUUGGUCUGCAAUUGGUUUAUCAGUUGCAAUUUAUAUUGGCUAUGAUAAUUUUGCAAAAUUUUUAGAAGGUGCUGAAACUGUUGAUCAACAUUUCUUAAAUGAACCAUUAGAAAAUAACAUUCCAGUCAUUGGUGGAUUAAUUAAUGUUUGGUAUAAUAAUUUCUUUGGUGCUCAAACUCAUUUAAUUGCUCCUUUCGAUCAAUACUUACAUAGAUUCCCAGCUUAUUUACAACAAUUAUUUAUGGAAUCAAAUGGUAAAUCAGUAACUAGAGCCAAUGUAUUUACAAAUUAUCAAACUGGUGCAAUAAUAUUUGGAGAACCAGCAACAAAUGCUCAACAUUCAUUUUUCCAAUUAUUACACCAAGGAACAAAACUAAUUCCAGCUGAUUUUAUUAUGGCUGCACAAUCUCAAAAUCCAAUUGAAAAUAAUAAACAUCAAAAAAUGUUAGCUUCAAAUUUCUUUGCACAAUCUGAAGCCUUGAUGGUUGGUAAAAAUGAAGAACAAGUCAAAAGUGAAGGUGCAACUGGAGGUUUAGUACCACAUAAAGAAUUUAGUGGAAACAGACCAACCACUUCCAUAUUAGCACAAAAAAUAACUCCUUCAACACUAGGUGCAUUAAUUGCUUAUUAUGAACAUGUUACUUUUACCGAGGGAGCUAUAUGGAAUAUUAAUUCCUUUGAUCAAUGGGGUGUUGAAUUAGGUAAAGUUUUAGCUAAAGUUAUUGGUAAACAAUUGGAUGAUAAAACUGAAGUUGAAGAUCAUGAUCCUUCAACUAAUGGUUUAAUUAACACUUUUAAGAAAUGGGAAUAA